CGCAUGUGCUGCGAAUAACGUUGCGCCAAUGUAUGCGGCAGCGCGAGCGUGAGAGCAGCAACACACCUGGUGCUCCUUGCGGGAGUGUGCCCUUCUCUGUCUUGAUAACGAGCGUCGUGCCCACUUCGUCUACUGUUCGUUGCUGCCGACACGCCGGCGCCAUCGUCGCGUCGUCAUUCGUUGUUCGCUUCGCCUCGCCGACUACACACCCAUCCACACGUUCAUUGUUCUGCCGAUCGGCGGUGCCUGGGACACGACAACACGGUCUCUGGUCGACGCCAUGGGCAAGCGGACACUGCGGGCAUAGGCGCCAUCUCUGCGUGCCCGUGUGCAACUCAGUCGGGACCACGUACGAACCGCAGAGGUGCAAUGGCGGAGGAUGAGCAGCGGCUCGCUCCUCCGGCGGUGGCGGCGUUGCGAGAGGAGGCCGCACACACAACGGCCGACAAGGGGUCGAUGCUGAGGACGAUUAGCAUGGACAUCCGGGAAGAGCGAGAGGACCUCAAGAAGGCUGCUGAGCAGUCGUUGAACGCAAUAAUUGAGCUGGGUCUGGAAGGCAAGGUGCGCUGGGUCAGUCCGUCAUGGCAAGAGGUUGCGGGAAAUGCUGCCAGCAGCUUGAUUGGCAAGCCGAUAUCAGAGAUUCUGGUGGAAGAUCCUGAGGUUUUCGCACGUUGUGUCGAGGCGAUGCGCAAGGACGACUCCAAGAGCCACUUCAUCCGAUUCACCGUCCACACUCCACCCUCACCACCUGUCACAGAUGCGCUCUCCGGGGACGAAAAGACGCCUGUGGAGCCCAAGGCCGGUGUUGAUUCGAUGCCGGAUGCCGAACAGGAGGCCACCGAGACGCAGAAGGUCGAUACCAUGGAGCUCGAGGCACAGGGCAUCAUGGUGUAUGAUAGGACCUCGGGUGCGGAGAGUCACACCAUGUGGAUGGUCAAGCCUGCAGUAUCUCGAGAAGUCACUAUAGAUCUCCCACAGAUCCUCGUGGACUCUUUGGGAGUAGGGGCCGAGAUGCUUGCGAAUUACCUGACGCUGCUCGCUGAUGUGGGAGUCCACGAUCCUGCGAAUCACCCUCCACCACUUCCCGUUCUUUGCCGCAUAUGUGAACGACAAAUCACACCAUGGUGGUUCGAGAAGCACACCGAGCUAUGUUCUCAGGAGCAUCGAGCCGAGAUGGAAGUUCAAAUGGCGCAGGAAUCGCUCAACGAACAGCGCUCGGCCAUUGUAAAGGUAUUAGAUGCGAUGGAAGCACAAAGCCGUCUAGCACAGCCCACAAUGGCUGAGCCGAUCACUUCACCUGGAGGGCCCAAAGCUGAAUACAAAGGACUGCCCAUUGGGUUGGGCUCGUCGCCUUCUUCAGGACCGUCCUCAGGCCGUGCAUCCCCUUCACAUCCUGGGCGCUCCCGCGAGCCUUCUGCUAGUGGACUAAGCCACCACCGCGCGCGUUCAUUUGCUGUUCGACGACCGCUGGCGCGGAUCGUCGAACUCGUACUGGACAUCUGUGAUACUGCCAUGGAGAUCAGUACGCCAGCGAUCAAGGACACCAGAGGCUAUGCAACAGGCGAGCUACGCACUCAGUCUCCCCAGUCAGAAAGCCGAAUACAACAAGUGAUCCAGACUCCAUCGCCAAGUGCUGGUCUUUCUGAGAACGAGCAAGGGUUGGCCCUACUUUGUGACGAUACCCACCAGCUUGCCAGAGCCAAAGUAGAAGCCGUUUUUCGCCAUCGACGCGUUUUGGAAUAUUCGGAACGCAUCCGGGUAGAGUAUGAUAUUUUGGUACAAGAAUGCAUCGAAGCGGCUCUGCAGAAGGCUGCACGCAUUGCCGCUGGUGAGCUCAGUGACUCUAGCGGAAGUGGUGAAGGGGAGAACUUCGAUGAGUCCGAGCAUGAAAAGGGCAUGGAAUCAUCAUACGAAAUGCUUAGCGGUUCUCUUGAGCAGUCUACUGCGGAUGAGAUGUUCACCAUGAGCUCUUACCGGUCUACUGCCAGUCCAUCCGCGAUGGCGAUGGCUCUACGAAAUUCUUCGGACCAAGCUCUGCGACAGCGACAGGCUUCCGUCAGCUCUUCUAGAGCUAGCAGUCCCCACGGCGGUGCAACAACGCCUAGAUCAUCCUACGCUGGUCCUACGGAACCCAAUUUUCUACACAAGCGCGGUUCCAUAGCGCUUGAGAGUGACACUGGUGCUGAGAGCGACAGCAGCAUGCGCUCCUCAAUAGCCAGCGGCAGCCAUCGACGUGCUCAUUCGCCGAGCGCGGAGCUUACACUCGGUCGGGCGGCAAGUUCACGUUCACGCGAUCCGAAACGGAAGAGUCUGGUGCUACCAAGUCUACAAAACAUCGGCCGCCAUCAGUCUCCUGCUAGACAGCCGCCAGCACCAUCGUCGCCCUUGCGCAUGGCGAAGCCUCGCAUUCCCAGCAGUGCUGAUAGCCUACCGUCCCCAAUCACUUCGCCCAUCCUAACCCAAAGUGAAUUUAAUUCACCGAUAAUCAGAGCACAGCAUCAUCACCAUAGGCGGCAGUCAUCUGCCGCGCUAUCAGAGGCAUUCGGUCGUCCUGCAUCUCCUCGGUUAAGCGCUGUGGUAUCAAACCCUCAGCCUCGUGCUGUGCAAACCUCCAUCAAGGACUUUGAGAUCAUCAAGCCAAUCAGCAAGGGCGCAUUCGGCAGCGUGUACCUCUCGAAGAAGAAAUCGACUGGAGAUUAUUAUGCAAUCAAGGUACUCAAAAAGGCAGACAUGGUGGCCAAGAAUCAGGUCACCAACGUCAAGGCUGAACGCGCGAUCAUGAUGUGGCAAGGUGAGAGCGAUUUCGUGGCUAAGCUCUACUGGACGUUCUCGAGCAAGGAUUACCUCUACCUAGUUAUGGAGUACCUCAACGGCGGUGACUGCGCAUCUUUGAUCAAGGUUUUGGGCGCCCUGCCUGGGGACUGGACUAAAAAGUACAUUGGCGAGGUCGUGCUCUGUGUACAACAUCUACACAGCAGACAGAUUGUCCACCGAGACUUGAAGCCCGACAAUCUGUUGAUCGACGCGAAGGGACAUUUGAAGCUCACCGAUUUUGGUUUAUCACGCAUGGGUCUUAUCGGAAGACAAAAACGUGCUAUCAAUGCGAAGCCCGGAGAUGCACCACCAGACCUCCUCAAGGCAGGACCAUUCCGCCGCGCACCAUCAGUCACGUCCUCUCGCUCCACGUCGUACGAUUAUCAGGGUACUCAUCAUUCGCCUGUGCAAACCCCAGCCAUGACGCCAGCGUUGGUAGACCACAAUCAACCAUCAUACUUCAGUCUCUACCGAGAGAGCUCGAGGGAGCCUUCUCGGCGAACUUCAGGCCAUCGAAGCGAUAGCGGCGACAGUGAGGCUCUUGCCACAAUGUUUCGCAGAUUUUCCGUGGCAGACGGCCGGACACCAAUCGAAGAAGAGACUGGAAGUGAUGAAGGCGGUGAUUCUCCUGACCCAUAUGCACUGCAGCCGGUGGCAAGCAAUUCGAGUCUGCCACGAACAGAAACACCACCACAGCAGCCGUCGACGCAAAUGCCACCGCCGAUGAUGGCGUUGUUCGACCCGGAGGACAGCAACCGCCGUUUCGUGGGCACUCCUGACUACCUCGCACCUGAGACCAUUAACGGUGCAGGGCAGGACGAGAUGAGUGAUUGGUGGUCUUUGGGCUGCAUUCUGUUUGAGUGCCUGUACGGCAGACCUCCAUUCAAUGCGGAAACUCCCGAACAAGUUUUCCAGAACAUCUUGAAUCGUAACAUUAGCUGGCCACCUGAGGAUGAAGAAGAUCCCGUUUCCGAAGAAGCUAAGGACCUCGUCAACAAGCUCAUGUGUCUUGAUCCCAAAGAGCGUCUAGGUUCAAACAAAGACGAAAAGUACGCCAAUGGCGGCGACGAGAUCAAGGCGCACCCCUGGUUUGCUGAUAUCCACUGGGAUACCCUACGCGAGGAUGAGGCUUCCUUUAUUCCCAUGAGUGAGAAUCCGGAAGACACCGAAUACUUCGAUUCGAGGGGAGCUACCAUGCAGAAUUUUGCGGCAGAAUUUGAAGACCAAACAACAUCUCCUUCGCAGACUCCAGGGGCCGAUUACCCAGACCGUCCGCAUGACGCCUUGUCCAGAGUUAGGAGCCAAGUCAAUGCUGUCAAGCGGGGCUUAAUGCCACUGCACAUUCCGCCGCACGUUCGGGAUGCACGAUCGCGGAGGCUCAGCGAGCCUGUGGUAACCGACGAUUUUGGCAACUUCCAGUUCAAGAACCUACCCGUCCUUGAGAAGGCAAACAAAGAUGUCAUUCAGAAACUGCGUGCAGAUGCUAUGCAGGCCCAGGCGAAGACUGCAAAUGGCGCAAAUUCUGCGACACCAUCUGCUAUGGCCUCUCCGUCUCCUGCACCAUCCUUGGAGUCCAGUCCCGUCGUGCCUGGUCCACUCAAACGCACCUUGUCUGCCAACAAAGGUGCUGCUCACCGACCACAUUCACCCUCUACUUUCAGCCAAGCCAACUCCUCGCCGAGUCGAGGAUCUCAGCCUUCUUCCCCGCUACUGGUAUCGUUCUCUGCAGGCCACAACCAAGAACGACGAAAGACCUCCAGUGGGUCGUCUAGUCUCUCGCACAGUGGAUCCCUCCAACCAGGGCACCUGCUUGAUCAAGCUCCAAGGUUGCCCGUUACAUUCAAGGCUAGCCCAUCUGUGCCGUCGCCGAUUAAGCCAAGCAAAACAAAUUCUGUGCACUUGCCAACUCAGCACGACCGUGCUACGUCCUUACACCGGCACUCUGGCAUCGGUUCUCCGCGGCAGAGAUCGCAAACAGUAGGCUCACAAGACCAGGACGGCGAGCUGUUACCCGAAGUCCUGCCAGCUCAUCACCACAAACGAAGAAGUGGCGUGUUCGACGUAUCGCCAUCGUCAUCGGACAAUGAGGAGACUCGACAGAAGGCUUUGUUACGUGUCCAGCGCCGGAGGCAAAGUUCUCGUCGCCUCUCGCAGAUUAGCCUGACAGACGGACCCUCAUUCCGGACCCUUGAUGUGCUUGUGUGCGAGGACCACCCAGUCUCGAGGUUGGUCAUGGAACGCCUGUUAGAGAAACUACGUUGUCGCACCAUCGCAGUGACAAACGGCUCUGAAGCUAUGCGGUAUGCCAUGAGCGAAGUCAAGUUCGACAUCAUCAUGAUGGAAUACAAACUUCCGCAGGUCAAUGGGGCGGAUGUCGCCCGCAUGAUCCGUGACACCAAGAAUGCCAAUUCACACACGCCCAUUGUUGCCGUCACAGGCUACCUCAAGGAGCUACACGCACCCCAUUCUUUUGACGCGCUGGUCGAGAAGCCCCCAACGAAAGAGAAACUAGAAGAGGUCAUGGGGCGGCUUUGUCACUGGAGGUCUCCUCCCGAAGGUUGGAAGCCAGUUGCGCCACAAGCAAUCCCGUCGACUCUGAAGCGACACGAUACCGUGGGCACCGAGCAUAGCCCAACCACCACCACAUCUUCGGGAUUUACGGGAUUCAACAGCGUCUUCAGCGGCACGCGAGAGAAUUCAAUUGGCUCUAGCUCUCUCGGGGAGAUUGAAGAUCCUAUUCCCAGCAUUCCGCUCAUCAUAUCUCGCCAGCCGACGAACGAGAUGGAGCAGAGUGAGCUGGAGCGCAAUUUCGGUGGGCUUGGAAUCUCUCAUAGUCUGAGCCACGACGAAAAGGGCAAACGGCACACCAACCUCUCCACAAGUUUGGAGCACCAGAUCUCAGCCCCCGCGGCCCUGGAGACAACAGAGAUGGCUACACCCAGGAAAGUGCCGUCGAACGAGGCGAUAGCUGCCAAGAAAAAGUCUAUGGAGAAGCUUCGUCAGGAAUCUGCUGCUGGAGAGAGCGACGCUGGGGACGACGAGGAUGAAGAACUGGGAAAUGUCAAGAUCCGCCAGCGUUCUCCAAAGCGCAACGUCAAGCGGACGUCCAAACUGGGUACUGAAAUGAUGCGCACCAACAGCCAGGGCUCUGUGGUUUCCAGCGAGGACCUGUUAGCUGCGCAGUCCUCUCAGCCAGCGCAUGAUACGACCAUUUUGGAGGAGUCGACAGCAGAUGUGGAGCAAGGUCACAUCACGCCACCUUUGAUCUUCUCUCCCAACCCUGGGAAUCACGUCGAAGAAAUUUGUAUGCCGGAGGCAGAUGCCACGCCAAAACCUACACCUUCGAUCGAACCAGAAGAACCGGCGCCAGGCGCCACAGGACCGGAAGCCGCAUGAAUGAGCGCAAACAGGUCUCGCGGCUUCUGCCACACCGCAACAAAUUUGCAGAGUACCAUCGCUGUGUUGUAUAUCUCUUAUGUUAUUGUUUUGUAUUACGACUACGUUACGCAGAUCUUGAGCAAGCAGGGUGUUGGGGGCGUUUUCGUUUUGAUGCAGAGUCGGGUUGUAUUCGACAGGGUAGGCGCGAUCUCAUUGUGGGCGACUGCUCUUCUCCUUUUAGAGGGCCGUUCAAGAAUGACAUCCAACGCAGAGGGGUUGGUGUGAAAGAGGAGUCCUUACUACGAGCAGUACCAAAAGCGAGGCAAGGCCGGGAAACUGUAGUAUAGAAAGCGCGACAGCGCAUGGCAAUAUCAAUCACCACACUUUGCGCAUUGUUUGUUCGUACGUGGUUUAUGUCUAGCGACACUGUCCGGAGUGUUGAUAUUGAGAAGAG